UGGUGGGACACGGAUUCUGUGAGUCAUCAACGCGUUUGCCAUUCACUGGUCGCCACCGUUGGCCGCGUGAAGACACACAUCGGCACCGGAAAUGUUAGUCACAGAACCGGUUCAAGCCACCAUAUCCUUUGCGCUCAAACACUACGCCUACAACGAUGCCAUCUUUUUGGCCGAAAGACUAUACGCCGAGGUGUCCACCGAUGACUCGCUGUAUCUGUUGGCCACCUGUUACUACCGGUCGGGCAAAGCGAACGCCGCCUACUCUAUACUGACGGGAAGGGACUGCCGGACGGCCGACUGUCAGCUCCUGUUAGCGCGUUGUUGUCUGGAUCUCAAG